CCAACAUCAAUCUGUUGAUUUCCAGGUCCCCCUCAAGUUUGAAACUUUUUUUUUUUUCGAGGAGGAGGAGGAGGACUCGGGUUACAACUAACUCUGGUAACCGAUCCCACAGCCAGCCGAGAGAAGAAAACCUUCUUUCAAUAAUUUACACAUAUAACAAGAAGGAGCCGCAAAGGGGGGAGGACGCGUUUCUGUAUUGCGAAGCUCCGACAGAACAAACAAAAAACAAAAACAAGAAAGAACAAAAAAAUGCUGUGAAGCAACUUUCCCCUGCGCUGCCAGGAUGAAGACUUAAGAGGUUUUUAGUUCAUAAUUAACUCGUCGUAUUGUCGGCCGCCCGCUCCCGAGUCCCGCCGAGGUGAGAGAAAGACUUGACCAUGGACUCCUUCAGCACCAAGAGCUUAGCCCUGCAGGCGCAGAAGAAGCUGAUGAGCAAGAUGGCCACCAAGAGCAUGGCCAACCUCUUCAUUGACGACACCAGCAGCGAGGUGCUGGACGACCUGUACCGCGUCACAAAGGAGUACACCCGCAACCGCAAAGAGUCCCAGAAGAUCAUCAAGAACUUGAUCAAGAUGGUGGUGAAGCUGGGAGUGCUCUACAGAAACAACCAGUUCAACGGCGAGGAGCUGAUCCUGGUGGAGAACUUCAGGAAGAAAGUCCACACCCUGGCCAUGACGGCGGUCAGCUUCCACCAGAUUGAGUUCACCUUUGACCGGCGCGUCAUGAGCGCCAUUUUGAAUGAUUGUCGUGAGCUGCUGCACCAGGCCAUCAAACGCCACCUGACAGCCAAGAGCCACUCGAGAGUCAACCACGUGUUCAAUCACUUCGCCGACUGUGACUUCCUGGCGUCUCUCUACGGGCCGUCUGAGGUGUAUCGCGCCCACCUGCAGAGGAUCUGUAACGGGAUCAACAAGAUGCUUGAUGAGGGGAACCUUUGACCUCCACUGGCCCCUUUAUCGGGCACCUUUACCUCGAGUCACCCCUUAUGUACCACCUUGCAAGAUUUUUUUUUUUUUUUUUUUUUCCAAAGGUGACAAUCUAACAUUUUUAUUUGUUGCGUUGUGUUUGUGUGCCUUUUCAGCUGUUACUAUGGCACUGAAUUUUUUUAUCUUGUCUAGUUAGUCCAAAGUCUGUUUCUUCCAGACGGAUUUUCUUUGUUAUUCCACAGUAAACAAAACCCAACAGAUGUUCUGUUUUUUAAAUGAAUGUAAAACUCUUAUCAGUAUAUUCAGGUAUAGGAGCCGUGACAACUGUGCCUUGAAAAAAAAACAUCUCUUUGUCUUUAUUCCAAGGGCACUCCGCUUACUUAUUCAAAAAGACAUGAAUCCAGCACAGGCCUUCAGUCAUAUCUCUGUGAGGAACUUUUAAUGUACCAAAGGGUUUUUUUGUGGCACCAGGAGAGGAAAGAAAGUGAAUUUCUGUCUAUUCCAAAUACCCACGGAUAAAGAAGUGAAUUUUAUUUAAUUUUUUUUCUAAAAGUAGAAUUGCACUCGAUCCUGAUCAAGCGCUGUACUGUACUUUCCUGCAAUAAUGAAACCAUGUGAAACACGGCAGUUGAGUAAUCCUGCUAAGCCUGCAUUUUACAGCUUUCACCGUCAUGCACUGAACUUCACUUUGUAGAGAGGCCAGGCCUUUUGUUUAGAAGGCACCUAUAAACCCAGUUUUGUUAUUUUAAUAGUCUGCUUUAUAGCCAGCACAACAAAGAUGAGGUAUUUGGGUCAUAAAGGGACCAUAAACAUGAAGGAAUGUGAUUGUGCUGCAUGUUGUUGAAUGUGUUGCUGGCUCGUCUGCUCGGGGGAAGAAAAAAAAAAAAAAACACUCCAACUUUGUGUCUAAUAAAUGUCAUAAUCACGGCAGGGAAGCAGAACAAUGUGGCACCAGCCGCAAAGGUUUCUCUGGCAUUUGUCAGAAAAGAAUAAAGAGCGAUCGCAGACGAACUACUACAGGGUCAGCUGUGUUCCAGCUUUAUCGGCGUUGCCUCAGGUUUAUUCAAAAGGCACUAAAACUCUGGUUUAAUUCUGACAGGUUUGAACAAAAAAGGCUCCCCCGUGAGUAGUCGGAUGAAAUGAUGGACAAAAAAAACUGCGGCUCUGUGUUUAUGAAAAGGGCCAGGCAGGGUAUAGAGAUUAGAGCAGAGACAAACACAGUACCUGAUUGUACUCUCCCACUGCAAUUACAGCUCCCUGUUCUGGGUGGUAUAAUGGCCCAGAGCCCGUCUCUGUCGAGGAGCCUCUCCAUUUCACCAGACAGCAGCCUCAUGUAAUGUGAUGACGAUAACCAUCUCUGUUUGCGCAAUGCAAGUCCUUUUAAUGGAGUGAAGGAUGUUGUUGUGUUUCAUCCCUAAAAAGGAGAAUAUGAAUUGUUACUAUCCUUCCCGAACCUCUCAUAAUAGCUGUCUUUCCUUUUUGUCUGUUUUUUUUGUAUCACUUAGUCUGUCUGGGAGAUUGUUUUGUGCUGCGGCCUCAUUUUGUAUUCUGUGUGUUUGUGUGUGUGUGUGUGUGUGUGUGUGUGUUUUGUUUGUGUGCCUACCUGUGAGAGAAUUGGAAAUUGAGCCGUGUAAUAAGCACUGUGCUUUUCCACAUAGGAUUGCUGAAACUUUAACUUCAUUCACAGCAGCACUGCCAAAAACGAAGACUGAUGUUACUCCAAAUGCGGUCCUUCCAACCCCCCCCCCCCCCCUCCCCCCCCAGAGGAACAUUUCAGGAAACGGUAUGCACUUGAUAAUUAUAGCCCUGGUAAUGGUGAUAAUGAAGACAUAGAUGGUGGCUGUUGUGGUUUUCUCCUUUUUUAUUUCUUCGACGACUCCCCUGAGUAUAUUCUCGUUUGUUAAACCCAUUUGACUUGCACUGCAUCAUUUUGAGAGGAUUUGAAGUAAAUCCUUUUUGCUAGUAAAGUCCCCCCUUAACAGUUGACUUUAAUUGUGUUUGGUUGCCAUUUUCUCCAAUCCCUCCACAUCUCAGGGUUAAUUUAAAUCUCCCUUGGUUUAAAAUCCAUGACACACUAAGUAGAAAUUACCCAAACCUCUGCAACAGCCUCACUUAUUUGACUAAAGCCCUCAAACUAAGCAAACUUAUGUUGCAUUUUUACUAUUUUACAAUGUUUUUAAUUUCACUUGUGUACAUAUGAUGUUUUUGUGUCUCUGUAUUGUAACCAGACGCAACAAAUAUAAUACAAUUUACUUUUUUUAAAGAAUAAAUGUAUUGUGUUUUUUUUUUUUUUUAACCCUCAAUCAAGCACUGAGCGUCUUCCCAUGAGUAAGUUGGAUUGCGGUACUUUCCAGGCCACAUCAGGGGGUAAUCUGACUGUUUGACCUGGAUUUUAGUCGGCCAAAUCCCUUUCCUCCUGCUCCCAGCAUUGUUGGGCAGCCUUGAAAGCAAACACAAACCCAUCCGACUGACAAACAAUUCCACUCUGGGUUGUUUUUUUCCACUUCCUGCAGGCCAUGGUCAAAGGCAGAACAGGAAAUUAGUCAAGAUGGAUGGAUGUUCUUGCUUCUGUUUUGGGAAACUUAAACAGUCCGCUGCAGUUUAAUUUCAAGUGUAGCAUGAGAAGCACUGAAUUCAGUUGUGAGUUUAAGCCAUCAUUGACUUUGCCACUUUUCCUUUAGCACAUCUUGCAGAUCCUCCCUGCAGUACACUUGAAAGGCUACUGCAGCGCCAAGAGCCCAAUUAUCAUCCUAAUGGUUGUGAAUAAUGGUUUGAUUUUUUUAUUUUUUUUCGGUGAAUGCACCCUCGAGUUCAGAGAGGGUUAUGACUAAAAUGGGAUGCGAGUACAGUCACGUCUCAUUGUCUCUCUGUGUACGUCUUGCUCUUCUUAUUUGAGCUAACUGUUGUGUCAAAUUAAGCAGAAACAUCCUGACAACUUUAAUGAUUCACGUCCGCCUGUCUCCCAUUUUAGGCUAGUUGUGCACAAGGUUGAAGCCGAAUAAAAACGUUGCUUUUUUUUUCUUUUCUUCCCAGUGUCUAGUGUCUCACUCAAACACUUACUGAAAAUAAAGAAUUUGAAAAUAA